AUGGAGCAUACCGAGCGUGCACCGACCUCGCCCAUCGAGUCCGUCGACGCGGACGUGCUGCUGGAACUGCUCGACAGACAUUCGGACAUGAGGGCCUCUUCCGUCGCCUCCCUGGCAUGCACCUCGAGGAGCUUCAGAGACGCCACUGGAAGGGCUUGGCCGUUGAUGAUGGCAGCAUACGAACGAAGGUGUGACGAAACGUCCAGAGCGAGGCCUUCCAUAGACCUGGGCCGAUGCGUCGAUCCACUGGCGUGCGAGGAAGACUGCGAGUAUGAGGCGGACACCACGCCCUCGGGAAAACCAUACGUGAGCUUCUCCGUCCGGAAUCUCAUGAUGGAGGCGGAGAAGGAGGCCGCGUUGAUGCCCGUGUCAGCAGCCAGAAAGACCUUCUUCCUUGCGUCCGAGGAUUUGAGGUCGCUGCGAGCACACAAAGACGUGCACGCGAGGAAGUUCUUCCGCUUCCGCGACGUCAUCGAGGCGACGAUGCUACGCUUCGGGCGGAGAGAGGCCAUGAAGAAGAUGCUGGCGUACGCGAGGAAGCGAGACAGGGCUCAGGAUGCUCGAGCUUCGAGGUGGCGGGAAGUGGAGGAGAUCUCUCGCUCCACCGUCCAAGAGAGCGACUGGCCGUGCUUUCAAGACCUCCUGGAGAUAGCGGGGGACUACCUGAGGAAGGGGACGGGCGGCUUGCGACUCGUGAGGGAACGGUGCAAGAGAUUCCAACUGUUCUUGGCCAUGGUAGUACCAUAUCGUGGACGCAAAGACAUGGCGACAUCAGUGAUCGCCAAGCAGACCGUCACCUUCAUGAGGGCCACCGCCGCACCAUCCCGCCGUCAGGAUCUCCACACAACAUCCACCGUUCCCCGUCGCCGAAACGUAGCGAGGAGGGACGGGGGCUACUUCUUCGAGAAGCUCAGGAGGAUCGGAAAGGCUGCGGAACUGAACACGCUCGAGAGGAGGGAGAGGCGCAACUUUCAGCUGAAGCGUUUCAUCAGGCAGGUGGAUCAGGAUGCGAGGAAAAACGCCGAGCAGACCCUCGCGCGUACCCUGGUGACCCUCGCCGACGGCUACGACGGCCUCAGGGAGCUGUUCCCUGAGGAGAGCGACUUGCUGAGCGAUUCUGGGACCGACAUCCGGGAUUUCUGGCGCGAGAACUCUCACGAGUACGACGACGAGGUGGUCUACCUCAGGAAGCUGUUCAGAGACCACGAGGAGGAGGAGGACCGGAAGAAGAGAGGGGGGAGGGCGUACGACGAGCCUUGGAAGCGUUCCGGCGAGAGGAAGGAUUCACGUCGGGUCUGGGAAGACGUCAAGAAGGAGGGCGAUCACGUCCUGGAAGAGAAGGAACGUAUCCAGGAGCACAGAGCACAGGUCGAGAAGAAAGCGGAGCAGAGAGCGGAGGAGGACGCGAACAGAGAGAAGGAGCGUAGGAAGGAUGACAGGAAGAGGGCAGAGCAGCGUGCAGAGGAAGAUGAGGAGCGCGUUCAGGAGCAGGAGAAGAAGGCAGAGAGAAAGGCAGAGAAGCGUAGCAAGGAGGACAGGCAGGAGUGGAACGACGGAUCUUACAUGUGA